AUGUCCGCCAACCGCUUGCUAGGCACCCUACUGCGUUCCCUGCAGAGCUACUCUGAACAGCAAGAUACCCCAAGGCUACUCGGAACUGCGUCCUCACUACUGACGACUUUGAAUAAUCCUCUCAAUGUCACACUACUAACAAGCCAGCUUCUCUCGUCGCCGGCAGUAUGGGCAGACCCACAAGGACUCCGAACCUGCACGCAAUGCUUGAGCGCAUUUCACUCUGCAGCACAGACACUGACCCGGCACGAGAGAGCGCUGCGUGAACAGGGUACCCCUCCUAGGUCUUCUGAGCCGCUGGAGGCCACACUGUCCAAGGACGACUGGAUUCGAGCUGUCGUUAGCGGAGCAGACGAGCAUUCACCACGAUGGAGGCAUCUAAUUGUUAUUGGUGGCCUUCUACUGGGCUUUGACGCCGUCGAGGACGCCACCCUGCCACGCAGCGCAAGGCGUACGCUCGAGCAUGGAUUGAUCGUUGCUGUAAAUGCAGCCUUAGAGGACAUGACGCAGGAUGACGAGCUCGGUCAGCAGACUCUGACGAUGGUUCUGAACCAUUGCUUCCCAAUCAUAGCGGAUUAUGAAAAAUCAACACUGGAUUACGACAGGUUACUACCCGUACUCAUGCGCUCAACCUUCCACGCCAGUGAAGGGCUGCGCUCUGCCUACUUUCUCGGCACGGUGGAUGCAGAUGUCAUGGCUGUAUCACAGACUCAGUUCGGGUGGCGGGAACGCUCGCCAUCGUUUCAACGAAUCCAGACGGCCUUAAGGAGUCCGCUUGUUGCGUCACUGGGUCCGCUGUCUAGACUAAUUGGUCACGUGGUGGAGCACAUCCGAGAGUCAUGGCUUCUUACAGCCGUGCUUGAUGAUCUUGAAGGGUUUGCCAGGACGUUGUACAUGCAGUGGCGGCAUAUCAAGCUCUCGGAGAUCGAUCCCUCGGAAGAGCAUGUUUACCUGGAUACGGAGACGUUAAGCACAACAACGCCAGCUUUGUGGAGAUUACUUAAGUCUAUCUUAUUCGCAACGGUCAUCAUCAUGCGCAGCAUACUCAGCCGAGGACUAAGUGAGAAUCCUUUUGGAGGAGUUACAAUGGCACCCAAAGUCGCGGCACAGGCGCUGCACGUCCUCCGCUAUACGUACUUCAUCACAUCACGACAAAGCUCCGCGACAUUCCCUCAAUACGUCUUUGUGCAGUUGACGGCCAUCGACAUCCUGGCCGCAUAUCCGCGCGAAGCAUUGACUUUUGUACAAACAAUCAAGCCGGCGGAGUUGGGACGAGUCCCAGCUCAUCCGGUUGACCGUUCGCUGGACUUAUUCUUCCUUGGCGUAGCCGAGCAUUUCACCCUACUGAUACCUCAGCAUGUAGCCGAGGAGGUUUUUGUCGCCUCUGCGGCACCAUAUCUCACCUCAGGCGGCAACAACAACCUACUUCCGAUCUUUGAAGCCGCACACAGCUUAAUGCUCGCCACGUUUUCAGCACCCCAGAACCUUGAUAUUACGGUCAAGGGGCUGCCAUCCUAUAUGAGCACCCUAUUCGCGGUGUUUCCUCACAACUUGUCGACGCGCCAGUUUCGAUUUGCCUUCAAGAUGCUUAUGCAACUGGCAACACCACCAUCUCAACUCGCGGCAAUGCAGCCGAUGCUGGUGACAGUGAUGCUCGAGCUGCUACAUGAGCGAGCAUUGCAUGCCUCAACCAUGCCGCUUCCUCAACAGCGUCUUGUCCACGAUGCGAAGGCUCCGUCUGACGCAACAGCUGACCUUUCCGAGCAAGCUGUAUUCAUACUUGCCAUUGUCGACGCACUGCCGCAAUUGCCCCUAGACUUGCUUGACGAGUGGUUACCCUUAGCUGCAGUGCUCGUCAAUAGAGUGGUGGAGCCUUCAAUGAGAAUGCGCUGCAGGGAGCAUUACUGGCAGGUCCUCAUCAGCGGCGAGAUGGACGCUGACCGAUCGCAACUUUGUGCUGCAUGGUGGAAUACAGCCGGAGGGCGGGAAGCAGUUCUUAACGAGGAUGAAACAUCCAGCCAAUCGAUCCUCGAGAUGAGUGGAGCUUUACCAGACACCAGCAGCAAACAAGCGAGCAAGCUAUGAGCGUCCCGGCCGAAGACAGCAGGAACUAUAUGCGAACAUGAUUCAUCCGUCCUGUCUCCGCACUGUACUCCUCCUCUACAGGCUGUUGACAUCUACAAACUAAAGCGGCUCCCACAGCCAACAUAUGCUUGGCUGAAUUACCUGCAUAACGAAGAGGUCGCUGGCAGUGGCUUGCGAUGCCGACGGGUGUGUUUCAUCUCCUGGAAUACGCUCUCAACACACUCGGUUUCACGAUUUAACCAUUAACAGUCUCGACCAGCCGCGCUCUUCAGCCGCUUCGUCACUAGUGCUAACAAAGUGACUGCCCCAAAGGGAAG